AAAACCAGAUUUCUGGCACUCUUUGAAUACCGUUUUAAUCACCAAGAGAGGCUCAAGUGGCCUAUCAUAAGGGAAGCCGAGACAAUCACCCUCCUUUAUGUUUCAAGAUCAGCGGCAACUUAUGUAGGCUACUAUGAAUAGUGCGAUGUUCAAUUGAGGCUCUUCAAAUCUUAGUCUUGUGUUGAGAAAAUCGAUUUUCGAUUACGGCUAUUAAAAUUAAAAUAUGCAAUAUUCUGGUGGCGCGAUGCCUUCUCUGAUUGACAGUUGAAAUUGACACUGGCUGCCUCUUAUCCCGAGCAUUUGAAGCCAUCACUAAUUGCAGGUAGUCCAUCUUUUCAGUGCUUUCGAUUGCAAGGGAACUAUAUGCGAUUAUUUAAGGAGGUAGUUUACGGGUUGUGAGUAAAAGAAAAAGAUAAGUCCUAAUUAUAAUUGCUUCAGCAAAUGUAGCUUUUGUCGCCAGGAUUUAAAUGCAGUAGAAAGUGUUAUUCAUUGUUUUGGACUGGAUAUAGCUUGCAGUAUGGGCUUGUAGGGAUGCGUAAUGCUCAGAGCAGAGCAGGGCGCAGAGCAGACUUUUGGCGCAGCUCCAGGCUUCAUCUACACCGCUGUUUCUCCACAAACAGAAUAGCUUGAUAAUGUCUCACUCGGACGGGGAGUCUCACGCAGAUGUAAAAGAAGAGGCUCCUCUCCUGCCCAGUCCUCCGGUAACACCGUCUAUGUGCUCUCAUCCGACCCUGGCCUCCCCGACGCCAGUUCGGUCCACGGGGAAAAACCAGUGUGCCAACUGCGGCACAGAGAUCCAAGACAGAUACCUACUGAAAGUGAACAAUUUGAAUUGGCACGUGGGAUGUCUGGAGUGUUCAGUCUGCAGAGUAUCAUUACGUCAGCACAAUAGCUGCUACAUCAAAAACAAAGAAAUAUUUUGCAAAUUGGAUUAUUUCAGUAAGUUUGGCACCAAGUGUGGCCAGUGCAGGCGCCAGGUGUAUGCCAGUGACUGGGUGCGGCGGGCACGGGGCAGUGUGUACCACCUGGCCUGCUUCGCCUGCUACUCCUGUAAGAGGCAGCUGUCCACAGGGGAGGAGUUUGGUCUGGUGGAGGGCAGGGUGCUAUGUCGGGCCCACUACGACACCAUGGUGGAGAACCUCCAGAGAGCAGCUGAGAACGGGACGGGUCUCACUUUGGAGGGAGCCUUCCCCUCUGAUCAGGAUGGCCAACCCAAACCAGCCAAGAGAGCACGUACUUCCUUCAGCGCUGAGCAGCUACAGGUGAUGCAGUCUCAGUUUAACCAAGACAACAACCCCGAUGCCCAGACUCUACAGAAGCUGUCAGACAUGACAGGACUGAGCAGACGGGUCAUACAAGUUUGGUUUCAAAACUGCAGAGCAAGACAUAAAAAGCACCCUCCCCCCCAGCACAAUGGUCACCUCCAGGGAGCCCCCCAUCCCCACUCCAGAAUCCCCCCCUCACUGCCAGACAACCUCUACUCCCCCUUUAGCAGUCCCGACAGACCACACCUGCUGGCUCUGCAUGGAUACAUAGACAGUCAUCCCUUCUCGAUGCUGUCCGCCCCUAACCACCUCACCCACCCAGGCAUGGCCUUACCACAGUUACCCAUCAGCCGCUAACUAACACCCCUGAGACCACCACUUCCCCCACAAACUUUAUUUCACAGAACUUUCCAUCCCGCAAAGUUGAGAACAUUUCAACAUUUGCCUCUCCCAUUUUACUAUACAAGAGGACUGCUGCGGCUUCUUCCCCCUCCAUGGUCUGCAGAGUUGGAAAUAUCACAUUGUCAAUUGGACGGACAGUUUUAUAAUGGCAGCUAGACUAUAGAUCAUCUGUGGAAAAACAUCCCAGUCCAAUAUAAAUAUGAUAAUCAUCCGGACCAGAUUUGACCACCCAUCCAUUGACAGGGAAUAAAUUGGAACUCCGGGACCAGGAUUAGGAACAGGAAGACUCAUCCAACAGGAAAUCUCCUUUCAUUCAUUGUGGAUUAUGAUUUUUCAUCAUCUUAUUCAUCAACUGGUAGUACUAAAGGUAUUUCAUGUUUCAAUUUCCAUCGUUUUAAAUAAUACUUUUUUCUGUCACUCUGUCAGCUUGUUUUCCUGUAUAUAUAACCCUCCUAUACAUAGACUAUUAUUUAUGUGUAAGGUGACGAUGAAGACUCUUCUGACCUUGUGUGCUGAGAGAGUGUUGAGUGUUGUUAUUUACUUGUUUCAGUUCAGUAAAAUGGAAAGCUUAUGUGUCGCUUUAUUUAUAAAAAAAUAUACUUCACCAAGAAGCACUUUUAAAAAUGUUUUCAAAUUAAAUAAAUAAUUUAUUGUCAAUUGUAAAUAUUUUACUGAUUUAACCAAAUGUGCUUUAAAGGUUGUUGGAAAAAACUAAGUUGGGAAAUAGAACAUUACACAUAACAUUGAUAGAAAUAAAACGAUUUGGUUUUACAUGGACCCAACAGGAAACAUGAAGGAUUUAAGUUCUAUAAUCGUGUGGAAUAGGGAACAUGCUGUGCAGAAGAUAAAAUACACAAAGUUUAACUAAUUAUUUCACUAACACACACACACACACGUAUGCAUGCACACACACAAACACAUUUAUUUUUUACUAAAUACUGCACAAUCCAAACAAUCCAAAUAUAAAAAUUGUACUGUAAAUUGUUGAGCUCCUUCCUGUAGUUAUACUUAUGCAAAAUGUGUAUUCUAUUUAAUUACAUUAUCUUUAUUUUUGUAUUAUUUCUAAUUGUUGUUGCAUUUUCAGGAAGGAACCUGCAAGAAAGCAUUUGAUUGAACUGUGUACACCAUGUGCAUCCUGUGCAUAUGAGAAAUAAACUUAAACGCACGCACACACACACACACACUCCCCCCUGAUAGAAGCACCGUACACUCAUUCAACAAUAGUAAAUCCAUUAGGUUACCCAGUAAAGGCCAAGUACCCUUUGUAACCUGUAUUUAACAGCAAUAUUCAUAAGUAUGUAAUGAUCAUGCUACAGGUUUGAGGGUCCCCAAUGUAGUCUCUAUGUGUUUAAUGGCUGCAAAAAUCAAUCCGAUGGCAAUAACCAUUUAAAACGUUUAACUCUGUGGAUAGUAUUGAUCUAGCACUAUGAUUCAUUCCAGAAGACCUUUUUACUGUGAUAAUCUGAAGUUGUUGUAUUAAUUGACACCACUCAAGCUGCUGUUGUGGCAAGGAAGAGCAUAAUGAACUCUGAGGAAGAUGUAGUCCUGACCGUUUCCUUUGUUAGGGAUCCAAGUCCCUAUCUAUUAAUCUAUUGUUAAUACUAACUAAGCCUGAAUGAAUUCUCGCCUUUCCAUUCUAAUGCUCUCUUCAAGUAGGUUGACGGUCCGUUUUCCCUGAUCUUUGAAUUUGAUCAAAUGAGAGAAAAUCCAGCUCAAUGUACCUUGCAUAAAAACCA